AUGACUCCGCACUACCUAAUAUUCUGGCAAAAAACAUACAAAGAAAUAGACAUUAGUGAUUGUGUUAAACAAAAUGAAACAAUGCCACAUUAUACUACAUUUAAUUAUGAAAAUAUAUUAGGAAUAUUAAAUCGUUUAACACAUGUUCGUUCAAAAUAUUAUCCUAAACAACUUUAUGAUUUUGUAUUAAAUUUAUUUAAACAUCAACGUGAAGCACCACAAGCAUUUGACAAAGUAACAACAACUCAAGGACGAACAUAUUUAGUUUCAACAAGAUCACUGGAAAUCAAUAAUGAUAAAAUUACAAAUAUUAUUCAAACUUAUAUUAAUUCAACAAGAUUUUCAGUUAAAUAA